AUGUUUCGUACAAAAUAUCUAUUCUAUUUUAUUCUCAUACAUUUCAUCAUUGCUACACCUCAAAUCAACCUUCAUUUUACGGAUUUGAUCAAUGAAAAUGAAAGUAGUGAUGUAUUACAACAUAAUUGCUUGCGUGUUGCUGCUUUUAUGGGCACAUCAAGAUUGGAUCGUGAAAUUAUAACUUAUUGUAUGAAUGAUUUGCCAUCGAAAUUUGAUAUUGAAAAUGAUAAUAUCUUUCCGAAGUUUAAGUUUAGUGAACUUUCACAACAGAAUAUUACUAGUCAACAAUUAUACAUAUGGUCAGCACCAAUCGAUAUUAUUGAACGUUAUCAGUUUUAUUUAGAUCAAUUAUCAGCAUCGUAUGAUAAGUCUAUGGAAACACAAGUUUUCUACAAUUGUACAUUACCAAGAUUUGGUCCUAUGUGUCAAUAUGAAAUGAUUGUUUAUGAGCAAAACUACAUGUCAUUGUAUGAUAUUAUUGUUGGUUAUUAUCGUGCAUAUGGAUAUAGACCAACCAAAUUGACUUGUUAUACGCAUUUAGAAUGUAAUCGUGGCUCUUUCUCAGCAUGCUUAGAUUGGAGUGACAUUUGUAAUGGAUAUGUAGAUUGUGUCGAUGGUGGAUCUGAUGAAGAACAUUGUUGGCAACUUGAAAUCAAUGAAUGUAAUGAUAAUGAAUAUCGAUGCCAUAAUGGACAAUGUAUACCAAGGGAAUUUUUCAGAGAUGAUACUGGAUCUCCUGAUUGUGUUGAUGGCUCUGAUGAAAUUUUAGAACUUUCUCAACAUGUUUACCAAUGUACAAUACAGCAACCGUCAUUUGAAUGUGAAGAAAAAACAUUAAAUAUCGAUGGAAAAAAUGAAACAGAUGAAACAGAAUGUGAACAAUGGCCCUGUAAGAAUAUCUAUACUCAUUGUGAUGGAAUAUGGAAUUGUCCAAAUGGCGCAGAUGAAAUUGGUUGUUAUUUAUCUCCAACACUAAAUUGUUCUUCAGAUCAUCACAUAUGUAUUGAACCUAUCACACAUGAACUUAUGUGUCUUCCUAUUACGAAAGCAAAUAAUGAGAUGCUUUCUGAUGUUCGACAUUUUCUAUGCUACGAAAUACAACGAAAGGAAAAACAGCAACCUAAAUAUUUAUCGUUAAAUGCAUCGAGAGAAGUCGUCGAAAAUCACAAUGAAAAUAAAGUCAACUCUGUCAAUUCACGUUCACCAUUCUUUGAAAUAUAUCCUCAACGUGAGUAUGAAUGUCAUCGUGGUUUAGGUUUACGUGUCUGGUUAAACGAUACAAAGAACUUAACAACAUAUGCAUGUCUUUGUCCACCAAGUUUUUAUGGUGAACAAUGUCAAUAUCAAAAUCAACGAGUAAGCUUGACUAUUAAAUUUCAAACAUUAUCAGAUUCUUUGUCAACAUUAUUUGCAAUAAUUAUUUCGCUUAUUGAUGAUGGUGAAGAAAGAAUUAUUCAUUCACAUGAACAAUUCACUUAUUUAUCGUCAAGGGAUUGUAAAGUUAAAUUUAAUGCUUAUCUUCUCUAUUCAACCAGGCCAAAAAAUCAAACAAAAACUUAUCUAAUACAUAUUGAUAUUUAUGAAAAAUUUUCAUUGAAUUAUCGCGGAAGUUUAUUAUUUCCGAUAAAAUUUCCAUUUUUACCUGUUUAUCGUCUAGUAUUAAUAGCUGUUAUUCCACGCAAGGAUGCCAAAUAUCCAAGAUGUUCGAAAUCUCAAUGUGUUCAUGGCAAAUGUAUGAUUUAUUCAAAUCAACCAGAAAAUGUUACUUUUUGUCAAUGCAAUCAAGGAUGGUCUGGACGCUUCUGUACUAUUCCACAUACUAGUAUGUGUUCAUCUGAUUCUAUAUCUAUUGGUUUAUCUGCUUACAAUCGAUCUAUAUGUGUUUGUCCUAUAAAUAAAUUUGGUCCUUGCUGCUUGCUUAUUGAUAGUAUUUGUCAAACAAAUAAUAAUUUAACAUGUCAAAACGGUGGUCAAUGUAUACCAAUGGAUGAGUAUACAGAAUCCAAUCAAAAAUUUCUAUGCAUCUGUCCUAAAGGUUAUAUUGGAGAUCUAUGUGAACUAAUUGAUAACAAAUUAAUUAUUAAAUUUGAACACGAUGUUGCUUUAUCUCAAACAAUAAUGAUUCAUUUCAUUAACAUUAUUAGAAAUGCUGCACCGAUACGGACAACGACUCUUCGAACAAUGCCUCUUACACAAAUUUCACUUACAAUUUAUUGGUCAAGGCCAUUUCAUAUUGUUUUUGUUGAACUUCAAAAUAAAAUUUAUUAUUUAGCAGUCGUUCAAAAAACUUAUCAAAGAUCAAUAACAACUACAACAAUUAUCAAUAAGUCAGAUCGUUGUCAGCAUAUUAAUGAAUUGUUCAAUGAAACAUUUGUUAAACUGAAUCUUCUUCGUCGUAUUAAAUAUUAUCAUCUACCAUGUCAAAACCUGUCAACCAAUCUAACCUGUUUUUAUGAUAAUCUUCAUCUUUGUUUCUGCUAUGAUUACCAACAACAACGUUUAGCUAAUUGUUUUAAAUUUAAUCAUGAUAUGAAAUUUGAUUGUUUUGGUCAAAGUGUCUGUGAAAAUGAAGGUAAAUGUUUUCAAGACACUCCCGAUUGUCCACAACGAGCAACAUGUAUUUGUUUACCUUGUUUUUAUGGAGCACGAUGUCAAUUUAUUUCAACAAGAUUUGGUCUAUCACUUGAUGCUAUUUUAGGUUAUCAUAUUCAACCGAAUAACACUUUGAGACAUCAGUCAAAUAUUGUAAAAAUUAGUUUAGUAUUAACUAUAAUCUUUAUGAUAGCAGGAUUUAUCAAUGGAAUUUUAUCUUUUAUAACGUUCAACAAUAAAACUAUAUGCGAAGUUGGUUGUGGUUUGUAUCUAUUAGGUUCAUCGAUUACGACUUUGUUUACAACAAUUAUAUUUGGAUUGAAGUUUUGGAUACUUCUUCUUGCACAAAUGACAAUUAUAUCAAAUCCUCUAUUUUUACGUAUUCAAUGUAUAUCUCUCGAUUUUCUUUUAAGAGUUUUUCUUAAUAUGGAUCAAUGGUUAAAUGCAUGCAUUGCUUUAGAACGAGCAAUAACAACAUUAAUGGCUGCUGGUUUUAAUAAGAAGAAAAGUAAACAAAUAGCUAAAAUUGUUAUUAGUGUUCUAAUUAUAUUUAUGAUUGGUACAAAUAUCUAUGAUCCAAUUUAUCGACGUUUAAUUGAUGAAGAAAAUGAAGAUGAGAAACGAACAUGGUGUAUUGUUACUUAUCCAUCGAGUUUACAAACAUUCAACUCUUUUAUGCAAACAUUUCACUUUUUAGUACCAUUUCUUAUUAAUCUCAUAUCAGCUGUUAUUCUCAUAAUAAAAAAAUCUCGUCAACAAUCAAAUGUUCGACCUAAUCGAGCUUAUAAACAAAUAUUAAAACAACAAAUUCAAAAACACAAACAUUUACUUACUGCUCCUGUUAUAUUAGUUAUUCUUGGAAUACCACGUUUAGUUAUUUCAUUUAUAUCACAAUGUAUGAAAUCAACGAAUGAUGCAUAUUUAUUUAUUGCUGGAUAUUUUGUUUCAUUUAUUCCACCUAUGGUUACAUUUCUUGUAUUUGUAUUGCCAUCAGAAUUUUACAAAAAACAACUUUAUGCUUCUCUCACUACUUUUCGAACUACAAUACAACGAUAUUUACAACGUAUCAGAUAA